CUGACUUUGCUCGAUCCUGCACUUCCAUGGCUUCACCCCCGCCGCCGACUAACGGAGCUAAUGGACAGGAGAGUCACGACGAAGACUUCAAUCACCACAUUGCCAUCAAGUUGUCUCGCGCGUUGAACAUCGUGAACCCAAAUGAUCUCCUGGCCAGGCGGGUGCAGGACAUUGCGAAGACGAACACGUUAGAGGGCUUCAUCCAAGCUGCAAAAGCCUUUGGUAAAUUCAAAGACUCCUUCCUAGCGGAGCUACAUGGGGAAAUUACGAGACACGCCGAGCAGGAGGCAGCGGGGCUGAAGCCGCAAGAAGUGAAGGGGAUCACUGUGCAUGACAGUGAGGUUCUGCAGCCGGAACCUGUGCGGGAGGGCGGGCUGAUGCGCAAGGACGCGCGCCAUGCGUUCAAGGCGCCGAACAAGAAGCUCGAACCUCCGACGCCGAGAACGUCUGUCCUUGGUCUGGAUAGGCUCGCGCAGGAGAAGCGGGCUGCUAAGGCUGCUGAAGAGGGUGGUAGUAGGAAGAAGGCGAGGUUGGACGGACCGGACGAGCCUAUGUUCAAAGUCCCCAACCUCCCUGCAUCUCGCGGCACUAUGAGGCAGAAGGGCGAGGAGACGCCCUCGCAUCCUGGUGGGCUGUCUGAGACGGGUCGGAAACGGUUGGAGGAGUAUCGCAAGAGUAGGGACAAGCAGCGAGAGGGUAUUGCUGCAUACAACGAGCGCAGAGAUGACGGGCCUCGCGGACUGGGAGACUUCAAGCGUCGACUCAACCGAGAACCAGGGUACGACAGGCGUGGUCGACGUGGCUGGGACGAGACUCCGAGAUCCGAAAGAGGAUCCAGGGAGGACGCGCCCAGCGUUCGCAUUCCGAACGCCGCCUGGGACUCUACCCCUCGUAAUGCGCAAGGCGAGGACGGGCAGGGUUGGGGAGGCGCGCGGAAUCGCAGAUGGGAUGCGCCUACUCCUCGCGUAGCGAGGGCAGGCAGUCCCGAGGACGGGGAAGGUGCGUUUGGCAUCGACGCGCGCGAGUGGGAGGAGGAGCAGAUCCAGUUGGAUCGCGAUUGGUAUGCUGGCGCAGAGGAAGGGAACUUGAUGGGAGAUGAGGAGCACAAUCCCUUGGCGCAGUAUGAUGAUUUGGAGAGUAUACGGCAGGCGGAGAUUGAGACCAAGAAAGUGAAAAAAGUGUCAGCCCGGCAAGCGCAAUAUAACGCAGAUAAUGACCUCUGGGAAGCGAACCGUAUGGUCACGUCUGGCGUUGCCACUCGGAAGGCACUGGAUCUCGAUUUCGAGGAUGAAUCUGAGUCUACUGUGCAUGUCAUGGUGCAUGACCUGAAACCUCCUUUCCUGGACGGUCGUACUGUGUUCACAAAGCAAUUGGACCCGAUCAACCCCAUCCGAGACCCAACGAGCGAUAUGGCCAUCUUCUCCAAGAAGGGUAGCGCUCUCGUCAAGGAGAAGAGAGAGCAGGCGGAGCGCGCCAAGGCAGCAGCGAAGCUUGCAGCGCUGGGCGGAACUGCUCUUGGAAAUAUCAUGGGCGUGCGGGACGAGGAAGGCGAAGCCGACGCUGAGUCGCAGGCGAAGGAUAAGGCUGGCGUGAAGGAGGACUAUAAGGGCGAGUCAAAGUUUGCGAGCCAUCUGAAGGAACAGGCUGGUGUGAGUUCGUUCGCGAGGAAUAAGACGCUGAAGGAGCAGCGGGAGUACUUGCCUGCGUUUGCGUGCCGCGAGGAGCUGCUGAAGGUCAUUCGCGAGAACCAAGUCAUCGUCGUCGUCGGCGAGACGGGCUCGGGAAAGACCACCCAGUUGGCGCAGUUCCUGUACGAGGACGGCUAUUGCACCCACGGUAUCAUAGGCUGCACGCAACCUCGCCGGGUGGCUGCUAUGUCUGUAGCGAAGCGGGUCAGCGAGGAGAUGGAGUGCAAACUGGGCAGCACUGUGGGAUAUGCCAUUCGUUUUGAGGAUUGCACAUCUCCGGAGACGAAGAUUAAAUACAUGACUGACGGUGUCCUGCUUCGAGAGUCCUUGAACGAAGGUGACCUAGAUCGGUACAGCGUCAUCAUUUUGGAUGAGGC